AGAUGUUUGUUUAUUAUUAUUUUUUUCAAACCGUUUCUCCCCCCCCCACACGGUACACAUAAGCACUAUAAUUAUACAUUAAACUAUGGUGGCCUAACAUCAUCAAUAUUAUUAUUUUUGCUUUCGUCUCACGGCCAAUGCGGCGCUAGUUACUGUGCACUGUAGAUGCAUGUAAACACGGGCCAACGGGUUUCUCGCGCACGCCACGAACAUUUAUUAUCGUCGUAAUCUUCUGCCCGCGCGCAGGAAGACCGUUGUAAUAACAAUAAUAAUAAUAAUAAUAACAAUAAAAAUAAUAUCGUCGUCAAUCGCGUAAUAUUUUUGUUUUGUUUUCCCCCGUUAACCGUCAAUACAAUAUUAUAGUAGUUACUAAUUGAGUAAUACACUACUAUUAAUACAGUAAUACAGUGACCGUCGCCGCGUACGGUUUUCAUCGAUCCGACACUCCGUGCCCAACAAGUGUGCAUCGCCGCGAACAAUUAUAAAUAUUAUUAUUAUUAAUCGAGAGUUGUGUAUCGCGCUCGUCGUCGACACGCGGCGUGUACCGUUUUCGGUGUUUUUCUUGUUGUUUCGUCCGUAAACGCGACCCCCGGGUAAACCGUGCUAUAUCGAAUUCGGAUAUAAAUUCCGCGGGGGGGCCCACCUGCUCGCCGCCAACGUCGCGCCGUCGAAAGUCAUGGCCGCGCGCGUUUCUUUGUCGUCCGCCUGUCGUCGUCAUCGCGUCGAAUCGUCAUUGCCGUCGCUAAAGGAGUACCCACUACCGCUUAGAGCGCCGUGCGCCGUCGUCGCCACUGCCGCCGUUGCGGUUCCGCUGCUGCUGGACGCGGUCGUCCGUUGCCCGUCGACAAAAGACAAAUAAAAAUCAAGAGAAAAAUAAGAAUUCUAUUACUUAAUUUCUUUAAUGCUUAAAUAAGUGAAAAGUGGUUUUUUUAAUUUUUGAAAAUAAAUCACUUGUAUAUAUUACAUAAGAAGAUAAAAUGAAUAACAAAGAGUAUACAAACUUUUUCGGCACAAUGGAAACUAAACGUGUAUUAAAAGCUGAUUAUCCUACAGAAAGUUCAUCAUUAGGGGUACCUAUACCAAUAAGGAAGAAUGGAGAUCUUAAUUCAUUACAAGAUUAUGGAUUUGAAUUGUUUGAUACUACAAAUGAUCUUAUUCAAGAUCCUAUGGUAGUCAAUAAUGCUGAUCAAAAUUUUUUCACUAAUGAUACUGGAUGGAUAGGAAGAUCUGAUGAAAUGUCUUUCAUAAAAAUGGAUGAAGACAUUUUUCAGGUAGAUCAAUCCGAUUUGCUUCACGGACCAACAUUAGCAGAAUUAAAUGCCAAUGGCGGUGAAUCUUUAUUGGAAGACCUCAAUUUUGAUGAUCUAUUAUUACCAUCUGAUUCAGUAAAAUCUGAAAUACCUGAUUCUGUUCCAUUAAUGAGUUCAUACUUGAUAGAUCAUGUUGUUAAUACUAGCCCUGUUAACCGACCAAGUUCUUCAAAGUCUGGCUUUCAACUUUCACCGAAUAGUUGCAGUUCACGUUCAUCACUUUCUCCUGGUCCUACAAAUUCAAUAACUUUACAAGAACUCUUGAAGAAAGAAACAAAAUCACAGAAGUGUUUAUCUCCUCCUAUAUUUGGAACUAGUGUUCCAGGAUCAGGAUUUAUGUUGGCUAGCAGAUCAAGAGGAAAUCUUUCAUCUUCAGCACCUACUCAUCUUGGACUUGAACAAAUAUGGCAGCGUAGAGAACCUCGACAGCAUUUAUUAUCCACUGGAUCAUUAGUAGAAGCGGGAUCUACUUCCUCGCUUUCAACUGGAGGUGUGUUAAGUCCAGAAGCUUACGAUUUUUCUUUAGAUGAAGCCAUUGAUGAUUCCGAUGAUGACACAGAACAAGAAGAAGAUUAUUCAUCUGACAAUGAUUCAGGCGGGGAUAGCGAUUGUGGUGGCACAUCUGCUAAAUCAUCUUCACAUAAAGAUAGAUUUUUUUGGCAGUACAAUGUUCAGUCUAAGGGUCCUAAAGGUCAACGAUUAGUUUUAAAAUGUAAGCUAGAAGAUCCACAUUGCUUAAAUGAGGUUACUGAUCCAGUAUUUAGUCCGAAUUGCUCAAUACAAGGAAUUAAGCAUAGUGGUAAAGCAAGAAAAGGAGAUGGUAAUGAUUUAACACCAAAUCCUAAAAAAUUACAGUCAAUUGGUAGAGAAUUGGAUAAACUGAAUAGAAGUAUAACUGAAAUGACACCAGUCAGUGAGUUGCCAUUUAAUGUUAGACCAAAUACACGUAAAGAAAAGAACAAAUUAGCAUCCAGAGCAUGCCGGUUAAAGAAAAAAGCUCAACAUGAAGCGAACAAAAUAAAACUUUUUGGAUUAGAAACCGAACACAAGCGUUUGAUUAAUGCUAUAGCUCAAGUGAAACAGAUGUUAGUCUCUAGAACAACAAGUGAUUCAUUUCCUAAAGAAAGUCAAGAAUUGACAAAUGCCAGUGAGAAAAUUGCUAAAAAUGCUACUAGAUUAAAAGUUGCCGGACAAACUACAGAAUUUGUAAACAAAGUUCUGGAGAACCAAAUUAGGUGCACGGCGGGGUGGCUUGGAUGAGCUAUAGUUGCCAAAAAUCAAGUACCAUUAAACUAGUCUUUAUGUAAGUUAUUAAGUUAAGAUAUUAUUAAAGAUAAUUGCCAAUAAACUCUUAUUAUGAUUAAGUUGACCACCAAAGGAGUCAUUAAUGUUAUUAUUGUAUCUGUUGUUUUUAUUUUUAAUACUAUUGAUUAAUGAUUAUAAAUUUUCAGUCAAUUAUAAAAUCCUACUACUUCCCAGAAAGUAUGUUAUUUUUUUCAAUAUUAACAGUAUCAUUACUGAUACUUUAAUUCUUAAUGACUUGAUUUAUCCUUAUAAAUUGUAACUGUUAUGUGUUUUGUCGAAAUAAUUUUGAUUUGUUAUUAUUAUUUUUAUUAUAUUUUUUGCCUCUUUUGAGCAUAUAUUUUUACUACCGUUUAACUAUGUUCGGUUAUUAUUACUUAUUAAUUAUUAUGUGUUUAAUAUUGUUAAGAAAAGGCAUAUUGUUUAACUGCAUGAUUAUGUGUGUGUACAUUUGAUUGAGUAGAACCAUUUCAUUACAGUAUUGUUCAAUACAUUGUAAGUUGACAUACUAUUAAAGUAAUUUUAUUGUUGAUAAAAUAUUUAUAUACAUUUCUACAAAAACAAUUUAAAAAAAAAAAAUUAUUUAAUCAUAUAAACAAUAUAUAAAAAAAAAACUCAAUUUAAUGUACAUUCAUGGUAUUAAAUAAUAACAUUUUUAGAUAUUUUAUAUGAAUUAUGGUUAUAUUUUUAAAUUUGAAAGCUCAAUAAUUUUAGAUCAAUAUUGCUAUUUAAAAUUAGAGAAAAACAACUAUGAAAGCAUUAAAAAUUUCUGUAUAUGAUUUGUUAUUUUUAUUAAAUUACUGUUUUUUGGAAAAUAUAAGAAUGUGACAUCAAGGUUAUGUCUGACAACACUUAAUGGGGUAUUACAUAUAUAUAAUAUAUUUUUUAAUUAAUACAAUUUUGAUUAAUAUUAAAAUAUCAUAUCUAAAUUCAGUAUAAAAAAAAACUGAUAGUUUCUAAAAUAUUAAAUGGCUAUAUUUAACUAAGCGAUAAAUUCAAUAUUUAGUUUGAACAUGUAUUACAGAAGUACCCUGUUAUUUUUAGUUUUUUAAAUAAGUUAAUAUUAUUUACUUGUACUCCGAAAAUAAUAAAUAUAAAAAAGUUAUUAUAAAGUUGAAUUGAUUGAAAUAUUGUGUGACAAAUUUUAUAUUCUUUGUACCGUGAUUUUCUGAUGUGAGUGAAUCACUAAAUAAUCAAAAUUAUAUUUUUUUACUUUAAAGGGGCACUUUUUUAAUAUUAGUGAUAAAUUUCAGCUUUAAAAUUAUAUCAAUGUCAAUUUUACAGUUUAAUAUUUCUUCAUUUGCUUAAACUAAACAAACAACAAAAAAAAAAAAAAAAAAUGAUAUUUGACAUGUUAUUUUAUAUCAAGAAACAAAUCUGUAAACAAUUAAUUUUUUAUUCUUUGAAGUGAUUCAUUUUCAAUUUAAAUCAAAAUAUGACUCUUAGUUAGUUAAAUGUUUAGUUUGAUUAUGGCAUAAUAUAAGUAUAUUUCUAAUUAAAAAUAAUAUUUGGGAUUUAUUAAAAUAAUUUAAUUAUCGAUCAUUGUAAUAAUAACAUAACUCUUACUACAAGUUAUAUAAUAAUAUUAAUUCAAUAUUGAUAAAUAUAAAAUUACAAACUUUUUAAUGAUUUAAAUUAAUAGCACUGAAUAUGUUUGUUUUGUUUAAAAUCUGCUUUAUUAUAUAAGGUAUAAACAUUUAACUUAUUAUGCUAUUUAGGUUUUAAGUUUAAAUUCAUAAUUAACAAAUAUUUAUCUGUGAUCAUUUUACAUUUAAAGAUCACUGCUUUAGUAUUGUAUUUUUUUAAUGUAUUAUUGCUCUUAAACCAUAAAAAUAAUUUUAAAAUGUUAAUUUAGUUUUAUAUAAUUUUUACUGUAUAAAUAAGUACAUAAUUUUAAUUCAAAAGGGUUAAGUUACUAAUAGAUUCUGUUGGAAAAAUCUAGUUACCUACUCAGAGAAAUGUGAUAAAAACACGGGUUUGCUCAUUUUAUUAAAUAACAAAUAAAAAAAACCUUUUUUUAUGAUUAUUAAAUUAAAUUCCAUUAAAUUGGGCUUCGCAAUUAUGUUUAUAUCACAUAGCAUUAUAUAUAUAUUAUAAUAUAUUUAUAAACAUAUUAUGCUACUUCCAACAUAUUAAAGAUUAUAAUUUCUUGUAAUUUAAAAACAAACAUCAAAAUUAGUUAUUUUAUUGUACCAGAUUAUAGGUCUACUUUAAUUUUAAUAUUAUUGAUUUUUAAGGUUUAUUAAAAAUGUUUACUUUAAUAUAGUUAACCUUAACUUUGGUUCAUUUCAAUUUUAUUUAUUUCAUUUAAAAUAUUUGGGAAUUUAUAAAAUAAAUCAGCUUUAUAGUUAAUAUCAUUACAACUGUAUUUGUAUUAUCAAAAGUUGUUAAUAAUUAGUAUUUGUUUUAAAAUCUGGUACUUGAGUUAGUUUUAUAAUAGUUUUGUAAAAGUAGUUAUUUCAAAAGUGUUUUACAGGUAUAAGCCCUUGUAAAAUUGAAGAUGCUCAUUAAAAAUAAGAAUAUUAAACAUUUUUAAAAUAUAGAUUUACAUUAAUAUGAAAUUUUGUGUCAUGUUUGUGUUCAGUAUGUGAUAAACCCAGCACCACUUAAAAUUUUUUUUUAGUUAUUUUUAAACUUAACUAAACAGUUUAUAUUCUUUAAACAAGAAUUAUACAUUAUAUUAUUAUAGUUAUGGUUAUUAUAUACAGUUGAUUGAGAUAUAAUAUUAAAAUUAUUUACUACAAUUGUCGUUAAUGUUAUGUAGGUGUUUAUAAAAUAAAACAUUAAAAUAUUUCUCUAUCAAAAGCAAAACUAUAAUAUGUGAUUAUUAUUUUAUAACAGUCUUAAUUUGUAUUGUGUUAAGUUUAUUUUUUUGUCAUGUAUUUUAUGCAAUGUAUUGUUUUUUUUUUGUUAAAUGUUACAAGAUUAAAACGCACUUUAAUACUUGCCAAUGUAAUUUUCCAAUUUUAAGUGAAAAAUGCUGGAAAAUAUUACUAUUUUUUGAUUUAAUAAUAACAAAAAAUAUUAUUUUUGUUGUUUUUGUUAUUUUGGUUUUAUUAUUUAUGAGUUUACUAUUAAAUUAUAAAACGAUGCAAAAAUUUAAGAAUAAAAAUUAUGUAAUAAAAUACUGAUAUUAUUAA